GACCGAUUUCCCACCUCACUUCGUUACUCGUCGAGUUCAAUGCCUUCAGUCACCUAGACCUGCUUUGUUUCAUUUGCCAUUUUCAAGAACUUUUACGCAUUGGUGGGAGGUUUAUAAGAAGGAAAAUGAACUUUUGAGAAAGCUUUUGAGAAACCAAAUAGAAGAGAAAAAUCUGGCCGAAGUCCAACAGCCCGAAAGAAAUAGGAAGGCCACGGAAAAAGAAAUCACAAAACGAAGCAGAAGAAAAUGGGAUACCAAUGGGGCCAUUCGGAAAGUUCAGCGUGAUUUUGUCUACUUUGUUGAUCCAUUAAGUGUUCCACUUCUUAAUAAGAUUCGGAAUGGUGAAUUUGUGGCACUACAUGGUGCACGGGCCUCCGGAAAAUCUACACGGGUGUUUAGAGUUAUGGAACAAUUGGAAGAAGAAGACUAUAUUUGCCUAUAUGUAACUCUUGAGAUGAUUGGCAUAGAAAGCGUAGAAAAAUUCUGGUCAUCAUUCGGCUUAAAUCUCAUCAGGACUGCUCCCCAGCAUAUCAAAAAUCAUAUUAAGUCUGGUAGUGAUUUCGCUAAUUUGUUUUCGACAAGUGGGUGGAAAAAAAGGGUUGUUCUCUUCAUAGACGAGUAUGAUACAUUGGAUACAGCAAAUGAUGAUGUUAAAUCCUCAUUCUUGAAAGUUAUUCGUGGUAUUAAAGCAAGAAAAGAUGAAUAUGCUAUCUGGUCUAUCAAUGCAGUCGGUCCUUUCAGCAUAUUACAUUUGAGCUCAAAAGAAACAACUACGUCACCAUUCAAUGUCAGGGAGCCAUUUCAAAACCCAAACUUCACGCUGGAACAAGUACAGAUCUUAUUUAAGGAGUUUGCGGAUGAGGAACGAAUAAUCAUUGAUCAAGAAAUUGUUAAAGAUAUUUACAAACGGACAAAUGGGCAUGCUGGCCUUGUCUGCCUUUGCGGAAAAGCUAUCUCUUUAUACUUAAUGAAAUACCUCGAUGAAAGUUUAACACUUGACAUCUCAACCUGGUUGAAAUUUACUACAAGUGGUUCUUUGGAAGAAGUGAUACUUGAUUAUCCCACCUUUAGGAAGAUGGUUGAUACGCUUGAAACCUUGGAUAAAGCCAAGCCUGCUGUAGACCUUCUUCGAUCUUCGUUCAUAGGAUUUCUUGAUUUUGUGAAAAUCACAGACACCAGAGAAAUAAAGCUGGCAGAAUUCCUUACAGCCGAGGGAGUGCUAACAGUAAGCGACAAUGACAACGAUACAUUCAGAAUGUCAUCUGCUUUUAUAGAUGAGCUGAUGCGACGACGAGUUAUUCCUGAUUUAUACAUGUCUUCUCCGAAAAGUGCAGUCCCCCUAAAAGAUGAUCUCUCCCUGGAUAUUCUCAAGAUUUUACAGACGGCCAUCCAGUUCUUUGAUAAUAAAAUCAUUUCUAAUGCAUUCAAUAAGUCAUAUAAAAUUGCAGAAAAGUUGUAUGUUGAUGGUCCUUCAACUUCUUCGGUUCUUCAAUUAAGUCCUUCGGUUCUUUCAGUUCUUCAGUCAAGUUACUUCAAUAUUUCAGAAGAAAAAUGUAAUAAAACAUAUAAGACUGCUAAAUGUUUAGCUUGUUUUAAUGCUAAUAAUUCAUCAUUGAUAGUUGAAGAAAUAAAUAAUAAGAGAGAAAAAUGUUGA